AGGAAAUAUUGCCAGGGCAGCCAAUACGGAGGGCACCUCCUCCUGCUCUCCCCCUUUAUUCUUUUGAAUGGGACACUCCUCUUCACUUUUGCUCUCUGCCUAGUGGAGUGUGUGUGGAGACAGAGCUGAAAAGUGUGUGUGAGGAGUGUAGUGGCAGUGUGGACAUGACACAAUUCAGUCUGGGAGACUGAUCAACUGGGUGGACGUGGUCAAGACUUGAUAUGAUGCCUAAGAUGAGGACCCAGUUUGGAGUUUUGUUUUUGUUGACCCUGUGGGUGGUCUACUCUGAUGCUUGGUUCUGGACCCGGAGUGGUACUACAACUUUUCCCCCAACAGUGGACCAUGAGGGGUCUGGCAGUCCAGCAGGUAGUGGAGAUGCACCAUCAGAGAACAUUACAGGUGUUGCAGCAGAGAUCAUUGAUGAGGGACAUGGGAUCCAAAAAAAUGUGCAGACUUGGGAUGAGACCACUGAGGGACUUCGACUGACCACUCUAAUACCUACAACACAACCGGAGAAUGAACGUGAAUCAGAAAAGGGAACAGCAGGGAUUUCGUCACGCAUACGUAAACCUGAAGACAAUGGAGUCUCCCUGCUACAGCUGAUUGGGGAUCCUCCUCCAAGUACGAUCGCCCAGGUCUAUGGGCCCGACAGCAGCCCCGGCUAUGUCUUUGACCGUGACGCCAACACGGGCCAGCUGGCCCGCGCCCACCUGCCGAGCCCGUUCUACCGAGACUUCGCCCUCAUCUUCAACUUGAAACCCACCACCGAGCGGGCCGGCGUCAUCUUCUCCGUCACAGAUGCCGCACAGAAGAUCAUGUAUGUGGGUGUUAAACUGUCGGCCGAGCAGGGCGGCAACCAGAAUGUCCUCCUGUACUACACAGAGCCCAAAUCGCAGAAGUCGUACGAGGCGGCCAGGUUCCUCGUGCCCUCCAUGAGGGACACCUGGACUCGUUUUGCCAUUGCUGUGAGGGAUGACAAGGUGAUGUUCUACCUCAACUGUGACACAGACCCUCAGGUGAUGCGCAUCGAGAGGUCCCCGGACGAGAUGGACCUGCAGGCCGGUGCCGGGGUCUUUGUCGGGCAAGCUGGAGGAGCUGAUCCUGACAAGUUUGUGGGAGUGAUCGGUGAGCUGAGGGUGGUGGGAGACCCCCGUGCUGCUGAGAGGCACUGUGAAGAGGAUGAAGAUGACUCAGAUAUGGCUUCAGGUGAAGGAAGCGGCUAUGAAGAAACCAGACCCCCACAGCCAACCGUGGAGAAACAUAGAAUGAUGACUGCUCCUCCAUCUUCCCGGCCCAUUCAGCAGCCACCACUGACCAGGAAAGAGGAACUGUCAAUUGCAAGAGAAACAGCAAGUGACUCCGAGUACGUUUCACUUUCUGUGGAGCCCGGGCGGGAGCUUCCUGGGUCACCAGGUCCAGCUGGGGGUACAGGAGAAAAGGGUGACCGGGGGGACACAGGACUGAAAGGAGACAGGGGUCCAAUUGGGCCGAAGGGAGACGCUGGCUCUGGAUCCGGCUCUCGAGGUGGAGCCCGUGGAGAGAAGGGAGAUCCAGGGGAAAAGGGAUUCAAGGGCAGUGCAGGCUUCGGCUACCAAGGAAAGAAGGGCGACAUCGGCCCACCUGGGGCACCCGGCCCCCCCGGCCCUCCAGGGCCCGCAACCGAGUUCUCAGUCGGUAGCGACGGCUCAGUUUCUUCCAGAGGCCCCGGACCCCGAGGACCGGCCGGACCACAAGGUGCUGCGGGCCCCCAGGGACCGCCAGGAGCUGAUGGAGAGCCAGGGGAUCCUGGUGAGGAUGGAAAAACGGGUGCUGAUGGACCACCUGGCUUCCCAGGAACCCCAGGUGACUCUGGAACUAAAGGAGAAAAGGGAGACCGUGGAGAGGGUCAACCUGGCCCGAGGGGAUCCCCAGGACCUCCGGGACCCCCAGCAACAGGACUCAGAUCUACUUUUGUGGACAUGGAAGGCUCUGGUUUCCCUGAUCUGGAAUCUGUUCGGGGAUUGCGUGGCCUACCAGGUCCUCCUGGUCCCCCCGGUCCCCCCGGUCCUGCUACUGCCUCUACAGCAGGAGCAGCUGGGGCAUUCGGACCACCAGGAAAGGACGGGGUGCCCGGUCAACCUGGCUUGCCUGGUUUGCCGGGUACUGAUGGCCGCCCAGGGGUUUCUGGUCCCAAGGGAGAUACGGGUGAUUCAGGCGAUCUGGGUCUUCCAGGAGCAGUCGGAGAGAAGGGAUCUCAAGGAGACCAUGGUUUACCAGGAACCUCAGGAGAGACUGGACUGGCUGGUCUGCCCGGACCUCUUGGACCAGUUGGGCCUCCAGGGCCUCCGGGGCCUCCUGGAUCAAGCUAUCGUGUUGGAUUUGAUGACAUGGAGGCCUCCGGUGGAGGGUUCAGCAAUGGACUGCCUGGCGUCAGAGGACCUGAGGGAAGACAGGGUUCUCCUGGCUUGCCUGGACUUCCGGGCAAAGCUGGGUUGCCUGGUAUACCAGGUCAGAAGGGCAGUGAAGGUCUCACAGGAAGAGAUGGACGUCCAGGGUUGGAUGGCUUCCCUGGACCUCAGGGACCAAAGGGUGACCAUGGCAACACAGGAGAGAGGGGUGAAUCGGGUCGAGAUGGAACAGGUCUCCAAGGGCCCCCCGGACCACCUGGACCACCAGGACAAAUCAUUCACCAAACAUCUGGAGAUGGAGGAGCUGGUUUACCUGGUCAAGCUGGAUUCCCUGGUCCUAUUGGACCAAAGGGGGACAGAGGAGACCCUGGCCUUCCAAGCUACGGGGUCAAGGGUGAGAAAGGUGAACCAGGCCUCGUAAUCGGACCUGAUGGAAACCUUCUGCAUCUGGAAGGGCUGACGGGUCCGAAGGGAGACAGAGGAUCACCUGGACCUGUUGGACCCACUGGCCAGUAUGGGCCUUCUGGAAUAAAGGGUGAAAUCGGAAUGCCUGGAAGACCUGGUCGCCCUGGUGUAAAUGGUUACAAGGGGGAGAAAGGAGAGACAGAAGCUGGCUAUGGCUACCCAGGAGUCCCUGGCCAACCAGGACCACCUGGACCCCCUGGACCAGCCAUUCCCUUAGAUCGCUUCAACCGCUAUGAUGAACCUUCAAGGAAUUACCCAGCAACUAAAGGGGAAAAAGGAGAGCAUGGGGACCGAGGCCUUCCAGGAAUCCCAGGGGCCGCCUCUAAUUUCGAUAUUUACACAUUCAAGAAUGAACUGAAGGGAGAGCGCGGAGACCUCGGUGUGAAGGGAGAAAAGGGAGAGCCCAGUGGCGGAUAUUAUGACCAACGUUUUGGAGGAGUACAAGGCCCACCAGGGCCUCCUGGCAAACCAGGCCUACAGGGUCCAAAGGGAGAACCUGUAUUGGGCCCUCCUGGACCCCAGGGUCCACCAGGGACACCAGGGAUUGGUUACGAUGGGCGUCCAGGUCCUCCAGGAGCACCUGGACCACCAGGACCCCAAGGAUCUUCCUCGCUUCCCGGAGCAUAUAUGCCCAAUCACUCCCUCAAUGUUCCUGGACCUCCUGGUCCUGCUGGUCCGCCUGGAAGUCCUGGUCACUCUUCUGGGCUUACUGUUUUAAGGUCAUACGACACAAUGAUAGCUACUGCGAGACGUCAGACGGAGGGAAGCCUCAUCUACAUCAUUGACAAAGCUGACCUCUAUUUGAGAGUGCGCGAUGGACUGCGGCAAGUCAUGCUCGGAAACUACAGUCCCUUCUUCAGAGAUCUGGAGAACGAGGUGGCAGAAGUCCAGCCUCCACCUGUGAUCCAGUACCCCCAGUCGCAGGACCAGUCCCACAACAACGGAGCUGGCCAUUACUCCCAGGGUGGUUCAGCCAUACGACCCAUUGAGCCUCCACCACUACGACCUGUAGACCCCAGAUACCCCGCACAGUAUGAUCCCAGAUUCCCAGACCCGAGACACACAGGCCAGACAGAUGGGAGAUUAGCCACACAACAGACUGAGAACAGAUACCCUGUAACUCCGCAGCGACGACCCAGCCCGCCUGUAGCGCAGCCUGCCGGCCAUGUGGAGCCAUCAGCAUCAGGACUACAUAUCAUCGCCUUGAACGCCCCUCAAACUGGUAACAUGCGAGGAAUCCGCGGGGCAGACUUCCUGUGCUUCCAGCAGGCCCGCGCUGUGGGCCUGCAGGGGACCUUCAGAGCUUUCCUGUCCUCCAAGCUUCAAGACCUCUACACCAUCGUCCGCAGGUCGGACAGGGACAGCACCCCCAUCGUGAACCUCAAGGACCAAGUGUUGUUCAGCAGUUGGGAGUCUCUCUUUGGGGAUGACGUGAGCAAAAUGAGGGAGAAUGUACCAAUUUACUCCUUCGACGGUAGAGACAUCGUCAGAGACAGCGCAUGGCCGGAGAAAAUGGUCUGGCAUGGAUCAAGCAACAAAGGCCACCGGCAAACAGACCACUACUGCGAAACAUGGCGGGCGGGCGACCACGCUGUGACUGGUCUGGCAUCAUCUCUACAGAGCGGCCAGCUCCUGCAGCAAACCUCCAGCAGCUGCUCCGGCUCCUACGUCGUCCUCUGCAUCGAGAACGCCUUCACAUCACACUCCAAAAAAUAAAUCCCGUCCAUCCUCCUAUAUAUUUUUUUCAUUUUUUUUUUUUGUUCUGGGCCCUGGUUAAACACCGUUUUAAUUUCCUGAGAACACGCCUGGUGACCAUGCGGCGUCCAUUGAACUGGCCCUGUGGCUCUUUGCCUGGCAGAGACCCUUUGCAUUGUCUGCUCCUGCCCUCCAUAAACGCCAAAGAGAUGGGUCGAACAGAGGGGUGCUGGUCCUUUUUCUCGGCGGCAUUGACACAUAUUUUCUCCUAGGUGCGGAAUGAGAGCGGAGAAAAUGUGUUCUCAAAUUGUAUCCAUUUUUUGUUUUUAUUCUGUAUAUUACAUGUUUGUUGUUUGUGAUUUUUUUUUUGUUGUUGUUGACGUUAUCAUUGUUUUACCUUUUGAACUGUUUAUAAAAAUGCUAUAUCCAUCCUGUUAUUUUUUAAUUUUAUAUUAAGUAUUGAUCAUUUCCACUUUUUUUUCCAAUUUCAUUUUAAAAUUGUGGGUAAUGACGGGGAAACAGCAAACGUUUAAAGACUAUUUUAAAGAAGUUAAUAGAUAUUUAUUUUUAAAUGAAGUUAUGUAAGGUAAAAAAUGAUUUGGAAAAAUAAAAAAAAUGCUUAAUACCCUCAUUUAUAUUCUACACAACUUGGAACAUUUCAUUCUUUUCAAAAAAGCUUCUGAUCAGAAACUGUGCCUUUUUACACAACCAGGACUGCUUUACACAAUAAGCUAUAAGCAUUAUUCUACAAAUAUUUAAAUGUUACAGCAGCAUUUGCUCAACUGCAUUCAGAUGCUUUUACUUUUGCUAAAUUUAAAUGACCUUGUUGGACACAGACACCACUGUAAUAAAUAAUCCCGCAUCCACAGGGCAAGAUUCAUCCCAGCUAAAAUUGAGCCUUAUGAAUCUAAAAUGAUUAUUUUUCCCUUUACCACUUCAUGAAAACCGAUCAGUGAGUAAGCUGGAAAUGAUUAGUUUGCUGCUAAUCUUUGUUGGAGGGAUUGCUGUCACGUGCGUUAGGGCCGGAUAAAACAGUAUGUUAAGGGGAGAGAAGCUCUUGCAGUAGCCUUGUAUGAAUUUCAGAGACUAACCCGGCCUUAAUGCUACCGAUAUCUUGAAUAUCUUGACUGAACCUGUGGAUAUCCAUUUUUACAACUAUUUGUGCUGUACUGUUUCGCCCAGGCACUGAAUAAAGGUCUUUUUCAACUACA